AUGGGAAAUUGCCAAGCAGUUGACGCCGCAGCACUGGUGAUACAACAUCCAGACGGCCGGAUAGAGAGGAUGUACUGGUCGGUGAGCGCCAGCGAGGUCAUGAAGACCAAUCCUGGCCACUACGUUUCUCUCAUAAUUCCCUUGCCAAUCUCCCCCGAGGAAGACAACGCUGCCGACCACAAGACCGUCCGAUUCACCCGCGUCAAGCUUCUCCGCCCCACCGACACUCUCGUUCUCGGCCGCGCUUACAGACUUGUCACCGCCCAAGAUGUUAUGAAGGUUUUGCGAGCCAAGAAGCACGCGAAGAUGAAAAAGAACCAGGCAGAAUCGGCUCAAACGCAGAGUUCCACUUGCGAGGCGGCGGCUGCAGCAGCACAGAAGUCCGAAUCGGAGAAAACUAGUCAGGCAACGAGGCAGGAGAGACAUCGGCAGAGGCCGGGAUCGACAAAUACGGCCGGAGCAAGGCCAAAGACAUGGCGCCCUUCCUUGCAAAGUAUCUCCGAGGGUGUAAGUUAAUGGUAGUUCUGUUGUAACCUCCAGCCAUGGUAUGAGAAGUUGAGUCAACUACAUCUUCCAUUUUGUAGAUGCUUCUCAUAAAUGAAAGCCUUUUAACCUGGAAAAUUUCCAUGGAAAUUGCUAUGGACAUAUCAACACCAUUGUCAGCCACAGUUCUAUCUUUUUCAAGUAAUAAUCCCUCUGUAUAGCAAAACAAAAAAGAAACAGCAAUGAAGUUUUUGACUCUUUUUGCCCAUGGCCAAGACAGAA